ACUUCUCCCGGCUCGGACAUGGAGAUGGACGACCUCGACGAUGAAUCUCCUAGCAGUCCGUCAUCCGCAUACGCCCCAUCGCAGAAUGAGGCGCUCCAAAUGUUUCUCCGGGAGCUAUUGGAGAGCACCGCGGGGAACUCGAUCGACAUCGACGGGCUGUCUUUCGAGGAGCUGCAGCGCAGGGUGACAGAGGCGCUGCAGCGGGAGGAGGAAGAGGGGACUGGGGAGAACGAAUGGGAGGACGAGGAUGAGGACGGGUGGGAGGAUGAGGAUGAGGGCGAUGAGGUCGAUGUCUUUGACGAGAUGCGCCACGAAGACGACGACGCCGACUACGACGAUAGUGCAUACGCUCCCCCUGUCUCUGCGCAUCGGCGGGACCGCGUCGCGUAUCAGAAGUUCUUUCCGACUAUCAGAGAGCCGCAAGCAUCCGGACUCGAGCUCCUGUAUAGCGGAGAAUUUGGGAGGGUCGGAAACAAAUACAGGAUACGCAGAGGUCCUCUGAGGGUCUCGAGGGAGAUCCGCCGCAGGAUGGCGCAGGCCCGACCGGCGGUCUACAGAGAAGACUUCACCGCCGCGCUCGUUCCCAAUUCGGUCGGCACGAUUGUCGCUGACUACGGAGACAAUAUAUACACCGCGCAAUACUCGGCCGAUUCAUCGUUCUUUUACACCUGUUCUCAGGAUUUCCGAUUGAACAUCUUUGACACCACUGUGCCCAUCCGGGUUCGCAAACCCGGAGACCGCCGCGCUGAUCCAUCCCACUCACUGAGAACGAAUAUGAAAGUGAUGAACUCAAUACAGGCACAGCCCGGUAUAUGGUCCAUUCCCGACGCCAACCUGUCACCUGACAACGAACGAAUGGUCUACGCCUUACUUGGCUCAACUUGUUAUGUGACGAGCACCACUGAGCCGUCCCCCACCCAAGUCCCCAUCUCGUUCUCCGAUCCCAACAGUCGGACCCGAUCCCGCCGCUGGGGCUCAGAGUCCGACGACAUCUCUAUCUACAGCUGCCGGUUCUCUGCAGACGGGAACGAAGUCAUCGCAGGGGGAAACGGGCAGAUUUUUGAAUCCCCAGUCUACGAUCUUCUGGCUAAUCGGAGGACCGUCAAAAUUGAUGCGCACGAGGACGAUGUGAACAGCUGCUGUUGGGCCGAUACGUCGUCCGGAAAUGUGCUCAUCAGUGCGUCUGACGAUACGUACCUCAAAGUGUGGGACCGUCGCUCGCUCGGUGCUUCGCAAAAGCCCUCCGGGGUAUUAAUGGGCCACACAGAAGGCAUCACAUAUGUCUCAGCCAAAGGCGACGGCCGAUAUGUCAUAUCCAAUGGAAAGGACCAGGUCUCUAAUUUCUCGCGAAAAUUUCUUCGAUCUGAUAGUAUCCACAGAAACUACGAUUAUGGGAUCUGCGCAAAAUGCGAACGAAUCAAGAUCUCGAGUCGUGCGCGCAUAAAAAUUAUUCAACAAACUACGACUAUAGGCGCAUAUUCCAACUACCCAUCGCCUCGAAUAGGGGCACACCCGAUGGACUGCAGUGUCAUGACAUUCUACGGACAUGCUGUGCUCCAGACGCUGAUCCGGUGCCACUUCAGCCCCGCCGAGACCACCGGCGGGCAGUACAUCUACUCAGGCUCUGCGGACGGCAAAGUCCACAUCUGGUCCCUCGACGGCCAAAUCGUGCAGAUCCUAGACCGGGCACACAGCCUCCCGAUGUCGUUCGAUCCGUCCGAGCCUCAUCCUGUUGCCCGCACGGGCUCCGGCGGGCAUUCAUGUGUGCGGGACGUCAGCUGGCACGCUUACGAACCGGUGCUGAUGACUGCUGCGUGGGAAAGCGGCCGCCGGGCGACGAGUUCGCUCGCUCGACACGAGUGGAAAGGGCUUUCGAAGAUGGGGUACUCGAUCGAGGAUUGGGUCGCCAAAGAGAACGCUUAAUCCAUCCACUGCGGCGGCGCGAAUCAAUCCGACCGACGAGGCGUUAGAAGACGGAUCGGAUUUGUACAACCCCGACUGAUGUAUUCCGUAUUUCUACGUGAAGUCGGACGUGGAUACUCGGAGAAUUCUUUCUGUCGAUCUCAAGCCUAUCAUGCAAUCAGAUUAGAUGAGAGAUGCGAUGCGAUGCGAUGAUCUGUGAAUCAAGCUGCUUUGAUCUCUCGCUCAGUCUCGCUGCAGACCUCGAGCAAAACGCGGCCGAGCAGCUCAAAGUCCGACAUCUACAGAAAGAUAAAGAGGCCGUCAACAUCCCGACUCUGGGCCCUGCGCGCCCGCCAGAACGCACCUCGUUCCACACCUGCGCGCAAACACGGAUCCACCAGCCCGUCUCAGGCAGGAAGAACGACGGCACGUAUAUUUUGCGCUGCACCAGCGUCUUCUCGCGCAUCUUAUCCAUGGUCGCCUUCGCGUCCAGAUCAUCCGGCAGCGGGAUCUUGACAUUGGCCUGCGAGAAGGGGGUCUGGUCAGCUCCUGAAUGCUUAUGCGCAAAGUCGUAGCCUGGCAUAGGCGGCGUUACCAUGUUCCCGGUCAUGUCCCCAGUCGGAUCUAGCACGCUAGUUCCCAGGAUCUCUGCGACACGCGCAGCCCCAUCCAUGACGAGUUGAUGGCAGUACUCGUUGAUCUUGGCCUCUCCACCCAGCCACUGUCUGAAAUCAAGAGCUGAGGGAGAGAACACGUGGGCUUCAGUUUGUCGUCGAAAACGCACACACACUCACCUGGGCCGACACUCACAAAGGGAACGAGAUCGAUAGUCGCCGUCCCUUGCAAACGCCGUCAGUCAAGACCGCGAGAGAGAGAAGAGAACGCAUACAGUCGAACUGCUCGACGAAGUUGGGAGUCGUCCGAUUUUCAGGGGAGAUAAGAGUUUACCAAUUCAUCCGGAAAGAACUGACCAGACUGCGAUUCACCUGAGGGGAACAUACAGUACAGCACAUCCGCGUUUAGCAUAUAGCCACUUGUGGCAAUUCUAGCGACGAUUACGUCAGUGUCCCGAAGCCUAUGAUAGCACCAAGACGGACCGAGAUGAAAAAGUCGGGCUCGAUCUUGCUGAGAUCGAUCCCGACAACCUGUCCGAUGGCAUGCGCGCCGUCGACCAAGCUUAGCACGCCCUCUUCCUUGCACACUUUGACCAUCUCCUCCCAAGGCAGCAGGACACCGGGAAGGGAGACCAGGGCGUCGAUGAUCGCAAGAACAGUCUGGCCGGGAGCGCGGGGUAUUGCCUUGAGGUGGGCCCGGAACUGCGCGACGACGGCCUCCGGGGUGGUCGGGAACACCAACGGAACGACGGUCACCGUUGGAUGGGGCGGGCUGUCGCAGAUAUACUGCACCGCGCGCUCAACGGCACCAUACGUGCUGCGGACUGCCGCCUCGUCUCAGCCGUGUGUACACAUCGCAAGCAGACUCGCGAAGUAACAAGAAACUCACACGUAACGAUCACGUCCCCUUUCGCCCAUUCGAUGUUGCGCAGCACGGUCGACACCCCGGCGGACGCGUUCGCGACCAUGACGCAUUCGUCAGUCUGGGCGCCGAGGAGCGCGGCGACGCGCUCGCGCACGCGGGUGAGCAGCGGGAGGUACGUGACGCGGUUCCACAUGUCCGGAUUCGCUUCGGCCUGCGCCGCCAGCGCCGUACAUUUCUCCAGGACGGGCACCGGCAACGACCCGUAUGAGCCUGCACAUGGCGACGCUCAGCGGUGGGCCGAGCGCGGAAAGCAACUGUGUGGGAGACGGCGACGUACCGUGGUUCAUGAUCUUGACUUCCUUGUCGAACGGGAAAUACUCGAGCAUAGCGUGGCCGAAAGGCGGGGCGGGGGUCUUCUGGUAGUCAAGAGACAUGGCAGUAGAUCCUUCAGCUAGGCUCUUGAAGGGUUUGUACAGCUGGUCAAGGACGCUUUAUACCCACCCAUUCUCAGGGGCGACGUGAGUCAGAGCUGGGUUGGGAUAUCGAUUGAUAGUGAAGAUCAAGAGCGUGUGGCAGAUACAGUGAGUCACUCACGGGGACAGUAACACCGGGAAGUUCUUUGCGCCGCCGCCUGCCAGUCGCGAUCAGUCACCUGUGACACGACGCGUCGCGCGCGUCUCGCACAGCGCGGUGAGUAGAGAACAAGGAUAGCUCGCUGAGAAAAAAGAGAUAGUUCAGUCUCCGAAAUCCUUCAAUGCAACUAAAACGGCCUCCGCCAGCCGCAGCGCGUAAAAGAUGACGGCCGCCAAGUGCUAUCAUGUGCACACACUUUGGGAUGAAAAAAGCCCUUCCUCCAAUCUCGAAAAGAGGAGACUUUUGUCUCGAAGAUGGAACCCAAACUACAUUCAAACUCUAUCUCAUAUCAGAUCAACAGACUAAUCGUUCCUCAACUCAUGAUCCCAGCAAGCCGACGCGACAGCAUAGCCAGCGGAUUCCCCUCCGCGAAAGCGGUAAAUACCGAGGGGCGGGCUGCGGGGAAGGCAUCCCCACUCAGAACCCCGAAUGUACGCUCAAGACCUGCGAGCUCCCGGCACGCAUACGGGAGACCUGGGUCGCCUCCGCAGCCGGGGUGCAGCGUCGGGAGCGCCCCGGUGCAUCGGUGCGUGUUUGCGUCGCCAAAGUCGACGAUUCGGAUGCUUUGGUCCGCGAUGACGAAGUGCCGGCCGUCGAGGAGGUCGUUGUGGCAGAUCCCAGCUGGACUCGCGCGUCAGACGAGGACAGCCAAGGAGACGAAACGAGAUGAGACGCGCGUACCGGAAUGGAUCGCACAUCCUGCGAGCAUGAUUCUGCGACUGUAUAAACGUCCGUCAGCCAAUCGGAUCAAAACACAUAGAAGGGAAAUCGCAAUACUUCUGCUCCUCGACGGAUAAGCGCGAUGGACUUCCACCGCAGUACUCCAGCAAAAUGCACGCGCAGUCGACGCCCAAGAUCGCCCCGUGGAAUAUCCCGAAGAACUUGGGCACGUAAUUGCCCUGCAGAGCUACAAGCUCGUUCUGGUAAAACCGUGCCUCGCGCUCCAAGCACUGGAUCUCAUACGCGUCGCGCGCCAGCUUCAGCACCAUGGGGAUCCGCGCCCCCGGCAGCGCCGCCGCCUCGACGCUCAUCACGUUCACGUUCUUGUUGAUGCGCGCUUCCUUGCGCGCGAUGUAGUGCGGGGCGUCGCGCACAUCCGGGGGCGGGUAGAGAUGGAAGGUUUCUGACGGACUCCAGACGAGAGUGAGAGACAUCGUGCCGUGGGGUGGAUGGGUGGGGAAAACAUUCAUUCAUUCUCUGCGUUCCUUUAUAUUACCAUGGAGCCUCAACCUAAACCCAUUGUCCUUUGAUGCCAGCGCUUUGAUCCACUUGACACCCACCUCUUGACAUAGCCCUCCCGGGCCAAAAGCCAUCCAAGCGCAUAAAUAGAUGCCGCUCAUUGUGUGCAGUCAGAAUAGCAUCUCUUGGUCUUCCAGCCUCACGGCAUCAAGCAGUUCAUCGGGGAUGUACACGUAUUUCUGCGGCGGCGACAUCCCGUACUGUUCUGAGAGCGCGGAGAUGUGCAGAGGGUCGCGCAGUCUGUACAAGUGGAGUAUCUCGUAGGCGUAGCUGGUUGUUGUCUCUGUCGGAGUGUUAUUGAAAUCCGCGUUCCCCAGACCAGCAUCGUCGAUAUCGCCCGGCAGUUGACCCUGGCUGGAGGGGUGGACAUGGUUGAUGAUGAUGAGAGGCAGCAUUUCGAGAGAGAUGAAGUCGCCCAGCUAUGUACCUGAUCUCGGCAAUAUAACGCAAGGUUUGGUCCGGGCUGGUGAGGUACAACCUGCCGAACGAAGAUCUUCACACGACGUACUGUGCCACUCGGACGGUGCACUUACCACAUCCUCUGGACAGAUCGAAGCAAGAGGUAAUUUCGGAACUCGUGCGUCUUCGCACGAGAAAGAAUAUUCUUCAUGUGUGGCGCCUUGAUCGAGAUAAAGAUAUCCCGCUUUCCGUCAGUCGCUUUCGACAUGAGAGUGGUUGUUGAGCGGGGGGAUCAGUGGCACUGCUCCAAUAAUGACAUCCGUGCGAGAAUGGACAACUACUAUCUGUAUCUUGUCUUUCUACAUCUUACUCGCACUCCUUCCAAUCGGCAUCCAUAACGCGGACCCCCUUCCUCAUCAACCUCCGCCUCCAUUCCCUCAUCUCUCCCUGCACGCCAGCGCCCUGCGCUACAACGCCCAUUCCCUUCCGCAACCACCGCACAUCCCGCGCCCGCACGACGCGUAGCCUCGGCAGCCGGGGGAGCAUCCGCUCGAGCACCGACCAAAACUCGGCGUUCGGCCGGGGAAUGGAGAGUAUCUGCAAGGGAUGCAUGCUCCCGUCUUCCGGUAGAUCCAGGCCCGCGGGAAGCGGGCGCUCGAGCGAGAGAUGUUGCAGACUGAGUGAUGUGCAGAGCAUCGUCGUCGGCGAAGGCUGCAGGUGCGUGGGCCACGACUUGGGCGUGCACAGGAUGAGCGAGCGGAGCUGCGCACCGUGCGCGACUAUGAAUUGGGAUAUUAGGGACCCGUGCGCACUUUCGAAGGGUGUAAGGGUGAGUUUCCGCAGCGAAGGGAGGGGGGAUAACAUCAUAGAAAGAAGAAGAGACGAUGAGUGUACGGAGAGAAUUGUCAGGGUGCGGAGAUGGGGAAGGUGUAAUGGUACAAAGUCCGCCGGUACAGUGACCGGCGGGGCUUCUUGCAGCUGUGCCCGGUCAAGCCUAUCGCCGACCAGCUCGAGUUCCUGCAAGCCAGGACAGCAGCGCAAUAAUGCGAUCAAUGCUGCCUCAUGUCUGUCCGGGGAGUAACGGAUGCCUUCCAGCGUUCGCAAAUGACACGCGCUUUCGCGCUGUGCGAGAGACUCUAUCGCCCGACGACUCAGGUAGUGCUUCGGAUUCAUGCACAGGCGCGUAAGGAACGGCAGCAUCGGAAACGUCGUGACAAGUAGGGUGUCGAGCAGGAGCAGGGACGGGCUGUCUGCAUCCACCUCCAGCCCGGACAAAUCAAGACUCUGCACCCAUCGCCCUGGCUUGGAAUACGAGAUACGUCGUAUCGAGUCCCACCGCUGUUCGGCCCAGUGUAUGCGCUCCACCAAUUGGGCAAAUGAAAUCACGCUUGAGAGGUGCACACGAGCGUAGAUCAAGGGCAGGACGAGCUCCUGUGGAUCAUUCGGACCCGCAGCGCGACGUACAGAGUAUCUACGCGCGCACCGUGAAUUGCUUGCAGAUAGUCAACAAAGUCCCUAACGUCCUCCGUUCGGAAUCAGACGCGACGAAGUUGAAUACAGCCGACCAAAGCUCGGACGGCAAGGAGGGCACCGCUUUGGGUGAAGGCAGCAAAGCGACGAGGAAGAACGAUCCCGCGUAUUGGGCAUAGGGCCGGGGACGCAGGAGUACGGUCGAGGUCAUGGAUGCCGGGGAGGAGACGUGGAUCGCGUCAGACUCAAUUGUGAUGAUCAAGUGACUCCCGCGCGCGGAAUCCCGCCCGGAUGCUCCCGGAUUGCGCGGUCCAGACAGCAGGGUCUGGAGAUAAGCAGAGGUCCAUGUCAUUGACGUGAAGAUUCAAGUUAUAUGUUGGUAUUGGCUGAGGGCUGUCAGGUACUCGAAUCACGUGUAUGGUCCGUGCGCUCUCUCAGCCUAUAUAAUGACGAGGUUAACGAUUUAUUCCCUUAUCUCUUGUGCUCGGGCACGUACCAUCGGAAGUGAGGUUAACACCGAUCCAUGGUCUUUUGCUGAUUGCAAAUUAUAUCCGAACCGUUCGUCUGCUUUAUGCUUACGACAAUUUUUGGAAACCCUUGCUUUCUGUCCUGUGAAGCUGUCCUUGCGGCUGAGGGAGAAAUCCAUAAUACAUAUCUAAAUGGAAUGUGUGCCGUCUAUCCGUGAUGACCAGAACAUCUUUUGUUUUGUUCUGCUCAUGAGAGUAUCAACUGUGCUUGAGGUUAAAAUACAAAAACGGGACAU